CUCCUGUAUCAUACUACAUUGUAAGACGUUUGAGAAGGUCCGAAGUAAUAUUUAAGCCUUUCGCAAUCCAUUUUCACCAAAAAAAAGGAUCGAAAUUAUCGUUUAGCUUAGAGGGAGGUCAGCUUCAAAUUUGUGGAAUGUAAACCAAUUAUUGCGUUCGGAAGUGAUACGAAUUUUGCAGCAUUUUUCGUUUUCAGGAUUUGGUUCAUUGUUCUUCUUCUUGUUGUUGCCGCCGUUCGGGAUCUGGUUGAUGCUCAGAUAUAUCCGGCGCUGCGCUUGUUAGUUUGUUCAUCUAGCGGAAAAACAUGAUUUCGAGAUCGUACACAAAUCUUUUAGAUUUAGCGUCUGGAAAUUUUCCAGCAAUGGAAGUGAAACGGAAGCGGUUUCCACGGAUCAUGACUGUUCCAGGCGAUGUAGGCGAGCUUGACGACGAUCAGGCCUACAGCGUGACAUCCGAAAAUCCAUCAUCAAUUUCCUCAGAUCGGAUGAUAAUUGUAGCAAACCAGCUUCCAUUAAGAGCAAAACGAAGGGAAAAUGACAAUUCCUGGAGUUUCAAUUGGAACGAAGAUUCAUUGCUUUUGCAGCUUAAAAGUGGUUUGCCAGAGGAUAUGGAGAUUCUUUAUGUUGGUUCUUUGAAAGUGGAUAUCCAACCAGACGAACAAGAUGAGGUCUCCCAGGUUUUGUUGGAGAAAUUUAAGUGUAUUCCUACGUUUUUGCCUCCUCAUGUUUUGGAAAAGUUCUAUGAUGGGUUCUGCAAGAGGCAUUUGUGGCCUCUUUUUCAUUAUAUGUUGCCAUAUUCUGCUGAUCAGAAGGGUCGAUUUGAUCGCUCGAUGUGGGAAGCUUAUGUAUCAGCAAAUAAGCUGUUCUUCCAGAAAGUGGUUGAGGUGAUCAACCCAGAUGAUGACUAUAUUUGGAUCCAUGAUUACCAUUUGAUGGUAAUGCCCACGUUCUUGAGGAGGCGUUUUAACAGAGUUAAGAUGGGAUUUUUCCUUCAUAGUCCAUUUCCUUCAUCUGAGAUCUACCGUACCCUUCCUGUUAGAGAAGAGAUUCUCAAGGCAUUACUUAACUCUGAUAUCAUUGGAUUUCACACUUUCGAUUACGCUCGUCAUUUCCUUUCGUGUUGCAGCCGAAUGUUGGGUUUGGAGUAUCAGUCGAAGAGGGGCUAUCUUGGAUUGGAAUACUACGGGAGGACGAUCGGGAUAAAGAUAAUGCCUGUUGGAAUUCAUAUGACUCGGAUCGAGUCGGUGAUGAGACUGGCAGACAAGGAUGUUAAGACUAGGGAACUCACGCAGCAAUUUGCGGGGAAGACGGUGUUGCUAGGUGUCGAUGACAUGGACAUUUUCAAAGGAAUCAACCUGAAAUUGUUAGCUAUGGAACAGGUGCUUGAGCAACAUCCAAAGUGGCAGGGGAAGGCCGUACUGGUCCAAAUUGUAAAUCCUGCCAGAGGCAAGGGAAGGGAUUUGGAAGAAAUAGAAGUUGAAAUAAAAGAAAGUUGCAGAAGGAUUAACAAGGAAUAUGGGGAUUCUGGCUAUGAGCCGAUAGUACUUCUGGAUAGGCAUGUGCCAAUUACGGAAAGGGUUGCUUAUUAUAGCAUUGCGGAGUGCGUAGUUGUCACUGCUGUUCGAGAUGGGAUGAACUUAACUCCGUAUGAGUACGUUGUCUGCAGACAGGGAAUAUCCUCCCAAGAAAGUUCGAACUUCCACGGACCGAAAAAGAGCAUGCUUGUCAUAUCCGAGUUUAUUGGAUGUUCUCCAUCACUAAGUGGAGCAUUUCGUAUCAACCCAUGGAAUGUCGAACGGACAGCAGAGGCUUUGAAUGAAGCAAUCUCAAUGGCUGAUACGGAGAAGCAAUUGCGACAUGAGAAGCAUUACCGUUAUGUUGCUACUCACGAUGUCGCUUAUUGGUCUCGUAGUUUCUUGCAAGAUAUGGAGAGAACUUGCUCAGAUCAUUUCAGGAGACGAUGUUGGGGAAUUGGUUUUAGUUUCGGUUUCAGGGUUGUAGCUCUUGAUCCCAAUUUCAGAAAACUUUCAGUAGAUUCCAUUUUAUCAGCUUACAGUAAGGCCGAAAGUCGGGCCAUUCUUUUGGACUACGAUGGCACCGUGAUGCCUCAAAACUCCAUAAAUAAGUCGCCGAGUCAGCAGGUUAUCUCUAUCCUUAACACGCUUUGUGCAGAUUCAAAAAAUGUAGUCUUCAUUGUGAGUGGACGUGGGAGGGACAGCUUAAGCAAGUGGUUUCGCCCUUGCAAGAAGCUUGGAAUUGCAGCAGAACAUGGAUAUCUUUUGAGGCAGUCACAGGACGAGGAGUGGAAGAUCUGCGGCCAAAGUUCUGAUUUCGGGUGGAUGCAGAUUGCUGAACCUGUUAUGAACUUAUAUACGGAGGCUACAGAUGGUUCAUCUAUUGAAAGAAAGGAAAGUGCCUUGGUCUGGCAAUAUAGAGAUGCAGAUCCUGGUUUUGGAUCUUCCCAGGCUAAGGAGAUGUUGGAUCAUUUAGAGAGUGUUUUGGCAAACGAACCCGUUGCAGUCAAAAGCGGUCAAUUCAUCGUCGAAGUGAAACCACAGGGGGUUACCAAAGGCUUGGUAGCUGAAAAGAUUUUCUCAACAAUGGCGGGGGAUGGAAAACUUGCUGACUUUGUGUUGUGUAUUGGCGACGACAGAUCCGAUGAGGACAUGUUUGAAAUAAUUGGUAAUGCAUUGUCCAGUAAUAUUCUUUCUCCUUCGACGUCGGUUUUUGCCUGCACUGUUGGACAGAAGCCGAGCAAAGCGAAAUAUUAUUUAGACGACACAGCUGAAGUGAUAAGCAUGCUAGAAUACCUCGCCGAAGCUUCUAGCCCGUUGCCAUCCUCCGACAAUGAAGAUGGUGAAAACGCUUCCUGAAAGUCGAACAAAACCCGUGUCGCUGUUUCGGGACAUGAAGAUCGAAGAUGAUCUGAGUGGGAAAUUUUGUACAAGAAGCUGGGUGAUGAAUUGAUAACAACUUAUUUUAUAACACUUAUUUUAUAUCA